AUGGCGAAGGCCGGCCAACUGCUGUGCCUGCUGAGCCUGCUUUUCGGCGGAGCGGUUUGUCUCGUGCUGUCCUUACCCACCCGGGGCUCCACCGAGAAGCCCAUUGUCGGAAUAUUAAUGCAAAGGGCACAUAAAAAGAUGAAAACCUACGGAAAAUUUUAUAUUGCUGCAUCCUAUGUAAAAUACCUGGAGUCUGCAGGUGCAAGAGUUGUACCAAUAAGGAUUGAUCUUACACCUCAAGAAUAUGAAAAGCUUUUCAGAUCUAUUAAUGGGGUCCUUUUCCCUGGAGGAAGUGUUAACCUGAAAACUUCUGGUUAUGCCAACGUGUCCAGAAUAUUUUUUAAACUUGCCCUCCAGAGUUUUGAUAAUGGAGACUAUUUCCCAGUGUGGGGCACGUGCCUUGGCUUUGAGGAGCUCACCUACCUGGUGAGUGGCGAGAACUUGCUGACACUCACAGAUACAGAGCAUAUAUCGCUGCCACUGAACUUCACUGGAGGUAAGGAUUCCAUUUCCAGUAGAAUGUUCCAGAAGUUUCCUGCUGAAUUGAUGAUGGCAUUAUCUGUGGAACCUCUGACUGCAAAUUUUCACAAGUGGAGUCUCUCCAUGAAGAAUUUUACAGAAAAUGCAAAGUUGAAAGAGUUUUUCAAAGUGCUAACUACAAAUUCCGAUAAAAAGAUUGAAUUUAUUUCAUCCAUGGAAGGACGUAAGUAUCCAAUAUAUGGCGUCCAGUGGCAUCCAGAGAAACCCCCUUAUGAGUGGAAAGAUGACAGAAUUUCCCAUUCGUCUAAUGCUGUGAAGACUGCAUUUUAUUUAGCACAGUUCUUUGUUUCUGAAGCUCAGAAAAAUAAUCAUCACUUUGACUCCAAAGUUGAAGAGGAAGAGGCACUGAUAUAUCAUUUUGCGCCGAAUUAUACUGGAAAUAUUUCUUCUUCAUUCCAGCAAGGCUAUUUUUUUGAUUGA